CGUAAUGAACUCUUUACGGUGGGAGGUAAAUAUCGAUAGUAAUGGCGUCAAAACCACAAUGCAAAUACGGAGCGAAUUGUUACAGAAAAAAUGCACAGCAUUCUAAAGAUUAUGAUCAUCCGAAACAGAAGUCUCGUGAGGAUGAUCAUGAACAACCAGCAAAGAAAAAGAAGAAAACUGUAGUGGAGGAACCAACACGGAAAGGAGCAACAAUUUCGGACUUCUUUGGCAAAAAGAAAGUUGACAACAAAGAUGAAGAAGAUGUUUCUGAUGGAGGACCUGGUACUUCAUCAGGAGCUGCUGUAUUUCUAAAUUCAAGUCCAAAAGAAGAUGCUGAAGAAAGUCCAGAUGAAGAUUUGGACAUACCACUCUCUCCUGAGGAUGUCAAGGAAAACAUUAAAAGAAAAUUUUUAGUGGAAAUGCCAGAGGACUUUUACGAUUUCUGGGAAUUUUGUAAAAGUAAAAACAGCAAACAUCCUGAAGAUGCUAUGAGUAAAGAUCUGGGAUUCCAGUUAGUAGGACCCUAUGACAUCCUAGCUGGUAAACAUAAAAAUGUGAAAAAGAACAGACGAGGAAAGCGUCCAAACUUCCUGCUGCACUGGCGAUACUACUAUGACCCUCCAGAAUUUCAGACAGUGGUCAAAAGUGAUGAUAAGAAUCUGUUUCAUCUAGGAUACUUCAGGGAUGACCCAGCAGAGCCACCAGCAUUCGUAGCAUCCAACAAAGCUGCAGAUUCCUACAUCAUUUCUCCAAAAGGCGACAACAUUUUUGCAGCUAUCAAGUUAGCAAUUGAUGAACGCCUUAAGUCAAAAGACAUUGAUGCAAGCAAAAAGAAGAAAAUGCAGAACUUUCAGGAGGAUCUACAAGACUCUGCAAAAAAUAAGAACUAUUCCCUGGACAUAAAAACCAAACGCAUGAAAGACCGUGACAAGAAAAGUGUGUGCAAGACUUUCCAUGGUGCUGGGAUGGUUGUACCUUUGGAUGAAAAUGAAGUUGGAUACCGAGAAGUCCCAGAAGAGCCAGCUGACUUGAAGAAAAUGUUCAAAGCUGUUGUGGAGGCAAAGACUGAAAGUGACCAAGAUAAAAUGAUGGAGGCCGUUCAGGAACUUGUCACAUUAGUGCAGUUUGCUAAUGAUGAGUGUGAUUAUGGUGAGGGUUUAGAGUUAGGACUGGAUUUGUUUAGCUAUGGAGGCGAGCCCCUCCAUACGACCAUCUCACAUCUCCUUCCUCUUGCCUACCAGUUACUGGGUCGACAUGAGUAUUCACAGAUUAUAGAAGCUCACCUCAAACGCAGGAGUCGCAGUGCUAAUCUCAGUGAACUGGAAUAGUAUCGCUUAGGAAAAAGGACUUGCAGUGGUGAAUUGGAAUAGCAUUUGAUACCCCAAAAAAGACACUGCUCUGAUCAUGAACAUAAUACCAUUCAUUUGUACUCAUUUAUAUUUGAUAUGGAGUCAUUGUUAAAGUCAUUCCUCAAUUUUAGACAGUCUGCUUUAUUGAUAAUUGUUAUUUUGUGCAUUUAGAUUUUCUUAUUAGGUAGGUGAAUUAAAACUGAAAAGGAUAGUGAAGAUGAUGCUGUAUCAAAUACAUAUGAUCAUAUGUUAUUCUUAUAAAGAAAUGAUAAAAAUAAAACAAACUUUCUAUUA